AUGGGAGACGAGAACAACGGCUCCCGUACGGCGGCACAAACGCAGUUUCGGCUGCAGCCACUGAAACAAUACAACGUGCGCAUCACCGACCACAGUGACCGGCCAUCGAGGUGGUCAUCGCUGUUGUCCUGGUCCGAUAACCGGUGGCCGGCAACUUCGGCGGACGCUAUCGCUGUCGUAUUGUCCGUGGCCGUGGCCUGGUGUCUGCUUCGCGUGAACGUGGCCCCAGCUCUGAUGGCCGUGCCCGGUGGCAGCGUGGCGUCCAUAUUCAUGCUGUACGUGGUCGGGCAAGCCGCCGGCUGUGUCGUCGACGUGGCUGGCGGCCUCCCGCCGCUGCUGGGUAUGAUGGUGGCCGGUAUCGCUCUCCAAAACUUUGGCCUGUACACCGUCACCGCCAACUGGUGCGUCAACCUGGUGGCAAUUAUGAGAGAAGCUGCGCUGUCGGUGAUCUUGAUCAAAGGCGGCUUGGAAAUGAACCCAGCUCAGUUGCGUCGGCUAAGCGGUGCAGUGACUAGACUGGCGUUGUUGCCGUGUGUGGCAGAGGCAGGGGCCGCGGCCGUGGCUGCGCAUUACAUUUUGCCCAAUUUUUCUUGGGAAUGGGGUCUGAUGCUGGGGUUCGUCUUAUCGGCCGUCAGUCCGGCUGUUUUGGUGCCGAAUCUGUUACGAUUGAAACAUAUGGGAUACGGUGAAAAUGGUGUCAACACGCUGGUGAUAGCUGCAUCAAGUUUAGAUGACAUUGUGUCAAUCAGCGCUUUUGGUGUCUUGUCGGGCAUCGUUUUUUCAACGGGUGACUUGACCAGUAAGAUCGUUCAAGGACCCGAAGACGUUUGCAUUGGGACUGCGUUGGGACUUGUGUGGGGAUUCCUCUUGAUAUUUGUGCCACCUCCAUCGUGGGCAAAUGUGUCUUAUACAACCAAAAAAGGCAAACUCGAUGACGAAAUCGAGGGAAAUGAUAAAAAACAAAAGGACCGGUCGGUGACAGCCGUGAGAGCGUUUCUGUUGGGCGCCGGUGGUAUUCUGGCCGUGACUGGCAGUCAGUGGUACGGGUAUCCUGGGGCUGGUCCUUUGGCUUGUAUCAUAUCUUCGUUCGUGGCGGGCACUGGUUGGAAGUGGAGGGAAGAAAAGCAAAACUGUGACAGUCCAACCACGGUUUUGACACAUGACGAAGCAAGCCCAGUUGAAGCGGUAUUCGAGUGCAUUUGGUUUGGGCUCCAGCCGAUUCUGUUUGCGUCCAUCGGCACUGAAGUCAAAUUUGAACUCCUCAGGGGUGGUGACAUAAUCAUCGCGGGGCUGUUGGUACUCGCUGCCGGAUUGAUAGUGCGUUUAAUUGUAACGUCGUGUGCAGUUUGGGGAACAGGAUUCAACAUUAAAGAAGUGACAUUUAUUAAUAUCGCAUGGCUUCCCAAAGCAACUGUCCAGGCCGCGCUUGCUCCGGUAGCGUUAGACAUGGCGAGAAUGAUGGGAACACAAGAGGACAUUGAAAGUGCUAGUCGAUUGUUAACCAUCUCCGUAAUCUCCAUACUAGUUACAGCCCCUAUAGGGGCAUUCGGCAUUCAGUGGUUCGGUCCCAGGUUGUUGUCCAACCCCGGUCGAUAA